AUUUUUUAAAAAGAAAAGAAUCAGCUGUGUACCCAGCUUUCAGAUGCCGUUAUUAAUAUUUUCACAUAUAUAUUUGUGUUUAUGUGUCUUUUCUAACAUGGAAAAAUCCUGCUCAAACAUAGUGUAACACUUUUUUAUACUUAAGAAUUUGUUAGUAUCAUCAUAUUUAUUGAUUAAUCACUUACUGCUUAAACCAUGGUUUUAUGGCAAACAAUGUUUUUAGAGACUGUAGAGACACAGCAGUCAAACGGCUGCUAGAGGUCUCUGCCAUCAGGCAGUGUGCACUCUGCUCGCUCACCUCCAAAGGGACAGUACUGUCACACCGCCUGGCCAGUAACUGGUUUCACCUGUCAGCUGUAGUAGACACUGAAAUUAUUUUCUGUAUUUUGUGAUUGGAACCAUGGUUAUGAACAUCUUUUUAAUGGUAUCCAAAUUUUCUUCAUGAUAAAUGUUGGUGUCCCCUUCUCAUUCUGACCUCCCCCAGCUGUGUGAUUAAUUCACAUUACUAACCUCCCAGUGCUAUUUUCUCAUCUAUAAAAUGACUAUUACUGUUAUCUACUUCUAAUAUUUUCUUAACUUCUAAAUUCUAUAAAAGCAAAGACCUUAAAAUGGAACCUGGUAUAUAGUAAGCUCUUAGUUUAUUUAAGUAUUUGAGUGAGAAAUCUUUGUCACCCUUUUAUCCAUUUAUUUUUUUCUACCGACAUUACUAGUCAUCACUGGGGACAGACACUUGUCUAAGUCUCAGGAUGGGUCACAAAAAAAAGCCUGCAUUCGUUAUAGUCUACAUUCUAGUAGAAAAUAUAGGUAACACAGAGAGAAAUAAAAUAUAUGAUAUGUCAUAUGUUGAUACAAUCUAUGGAGAAAAAUUCAAGCAAGGGAGGGACAUAGAAUCUGGUAGAGAAAUGCAGUUUCAAUAGGGGUGUCAGUAAAUAUGACCUUUGUGAAAGACAGGAAGGAGGAGAGGGAGAAAGAAAGCUUUGUAGAGAUGGGGAACUAUGCCAGGUAGAGAAGAGAGUGAUUUCAGAUGCUCCGAAAGGAACUUUUGUCUGACUGUGACAGGACUCCCAAGGAGGGAGGAGGCCUCUGUGGCUUAAGCUGAAGAUGCAAAGAAGAGAGUCGGAGCUGAGGUCCUAGAGCUAACAUCAGGCCAAGAUUGUAGAAACUGAACAACAUGAGGACUGCUGAUGAAGAAAGUAGCUUGCUGACAGCUCCCCGCCUGCCUAAGCAUCGCGCAGGAGCACUGAGCAGCCACAAUGACCCAUUGAAGCAGAAGGCCUAAGCCAUCUAUAAUCUUCUUACUUGAGAGUGGGAAAGAGCCAUGGAUGGAAGAGAGAAUGGUGACACGAGCCACAAGCUCAGGACUUUGUUCUCCGAAAGAGAAAAUUGAAGAAGGAAGAAGGAAUGGCUGUUGGACUUUGUAAAGCCACAUCCCAGGGUUUGGUGACCUUCAGGGAUGUGGCUCUAGGUUUUUCCCAAGAGGAAUGGGAAUGGCUGGACUCAUCUCAGAAAGAUUUAUACAGAGACGUCAUGUUGGAGAACUACAGGAACUUGGUAUGGCUUGGACUCUCCAUCUCUAAGCCCAACAUGAUCUCCUUGUUGGAGCAAGGGAAGGAACCUUGGAUGGUAGAGAGAGAGAUGUCAGAUGGUCAAUAUGCAGACUGGGAGUCUUGGUAUGAAAUCAAGGAAUUAUCUCCAAAAUGGUUCGUUGAUGAAGAGGAAAUAUCCCAGAGGAUAGUACUGGGAAGACUGACAAGUCAUGACCUCGAAUGCUCCAGUUUCAGGGGACCUUGGAAGUAUGAGGGUGAAUUUGAGCGAUAUCAGGGAAGUCAGGAGAGGCAUUUCAGGCAAGUGACGACUCUUCAAGAAAUUUCUGCUGUGAAAAGAGAUAAUGAAUAUAAUAAUUCUGAGAGAAGCAUUCUCUUGAAGUCAGUACUUUUAACACAACAAAGAGUUCCCACAGUAGAGCAAGUACAUAAAUUUGAUAUUUAUGAUAAAAUGUUCCCCCAAAAUUCGGUUCUAAUUGAACAUAAAAGACUACAUGCUGAGAAGGAAUCUUUGAUAGGUAACAAAUGUGAAGAAUUUAACCAGAAUACAUACCUUAGUAAAGAUACAGGAAUUCCUCAUGGGGAGAAAUCUUAUGAAAGUAAUGAUUAUUCAAAUCUCUUCAGUUUCCACUCAUUACUUACUCAACAUCAAACAACUCAUUUUGGAAAAUUACCCCAUGGACACAAUGAAUGUGGUGAUGCCUUUAGCUGUUACUCGUUCUUUACUCAACCUCAGAGAAUUCACAGUGGAGAGAAACCAUAUGCAUGCAAUGACUGUGGAAAAGCUUUUAGCCAUGACUUCUUUCUCAGCGAACAUCAGAGAUCUCAUAUUGGAGAGAAGCCGUAUGAAUGUAAGGAAUGUAACAAAGCCUUCAGACAGAGCGCACACCUUGCUCAGCAUCAGCGAAUCCACACUGGAGAGAAACCCUUUGCAUGCAAUGAAUGUGGGAAGGCCUUCAGCCGUUAUGCCUUCCUUGUUGAACAUCAGAGAAUUCACACCGGGGAGAAACCAUAUGAAUGUAAGGAAUGUAAUAAAGCCUUCAGACAGAGCGCACACCUUAAUCAACAUCAGAGAAUCCACACUGGAGAGAAACCCUACGAAUGUAGUCAGUGUGGAAAAGCCUUUAGCAGACGCAUAGCCCUUACUCUGCAUCAAAGAAUUCAUACAGGAGAGAAACCCUUUAAAUGUAACGAAUGUGGGAAGACCUUUGGUUAUCGCUCACACCUUAAUCAACAUCAGCGAAUUCAUACCGGAGAAAAGCCCUAUGAAUGCAUCAAAUGUGGGAAGUUUUUUAGGACUGACUCACAGCUUAAUCGACAUCAUAGAAUUCAUACUGGAGAAAGACCUUUCGAAUGCAGUAAAUGUGGGAAAGCCUUCAGUGAUGCUCUUGUUCUAAUUCAUCAUAAGAGAAGUCAUGCAGGAGAGAAACCCUAUGAAUGCAGUAAAUGUGGGAAGGCCUUCAGUUGUGGUUCAUACCUUAAUCAGCAUCAGAGAAUUCAUACUGGAGAGAAGCCCUAUGAAUGUAAUGAAUGUGGGAAGGCUUUCCAUCAGAUUUUGUCCCUUAGGCUACACCAGAGAAUUCAUGCUGGAGAAAAACCCUAUAACUGUAAUGAAUGUGGGAAUAAUUUUAGCUGUGCCUCAGCCCUCAGGCGCCAUCAGAAAAUUCAUAAUAGAGAAACUCUCUGAUUAUUACAAGUAUAAAAAAGAAAACAUUCAGUCACCUCUCAGUCCUUAUUAAAUAAAUAUCAGUGAAUUCUUUGGUUAGUAAUUCUGUGAAUGUAGCGCAUAUGAAAGAGCCUUCAGUUCGUGAGCAUCCCUUAUUUGAGAUAACCUGGGUGGUAGACAUCUGUUACUGUUUGAUCUGUUCUAUGCCCCAUUUGAGACUUACAUCACCCUCAGUGCAUAUGAUGCUGAUGAAACUAUUAAUCAGGGAGGCAGUGGAUUGGUCAUAGGCUGGCUGAUUAUUUUCCUCCUAGUGAUUAAUAAGAGAUUGGCAAAUGGCCCUGUCUGGACCAGUAGAGCCAUAUAGAGAUAUUGUCAUGGGUAGUAGGAGAAGAUCUUUUUCUUUCUGGCAUUGCAAGUUUCAAGGAUUUAGUAAGGUUAAAAACUCACCAGUAGCCUUUUUGCUACUCCAUGAGGAAAGUCUUCCCAAGAUCUGUCCAACACAGAGAAAAUGCACGUGAGACACAGGAAUCUGAUGACAUUGUUUUAUCUCCUGGAUCCAGUCGUGCCUGAAGUCUACACCAUCCUUUACUUUUUCAUUUUUGUGAUCCAAUAAAUUUCCUUUUUUUGCUUAAGUUAA